CAAACAUUUAUCGAUUACCCUACAUGUACAGGCUACCGAGUGCGGGCUGCUGAGAUCAUGGUGACCUAACAGCAGCGGACAGAAGCCACUCCCUUCCCAGGAAUGUCUCAGCCCCACAGAAGGCGCAAGGCCACGUCAGCCAAUUGGCUCAGGCCCUGCCCUGGAAACAACACCUGUUAAUCCCCCCUCCUUCCAGCUCACCUGGGUGCAGGUUAGGCAGGUGAAGCGUCUCCCCGGAAACAGACCUAGAGCACCCCACCUGUUGGGUCCUGCCUGCUCAAAUCGGAUUCAGCACAGCCAGGCUUCCCAUAAAUCCUCUAAGAGGUGAGCUGGGGGUUCCCUGCCCUACUCAAGCCCCUCCUGGACUGGCAGCUGACACCUACAGGAUCCGUCUCUCCUGCUACAGGAAGUUGAGUUCCUUGCCGGCAGUGCUAGCUUUAUUUUUACCUGGUCUUCCCCCACCCAGGACCCAGCAGUGACAGCUGAGGCCAUGUGAGUCUGGUCCUGAAUGAGGCUUUAUCUCUGACGGUUUGUCCCUCAUCCACUGUGGCACCACCAGCUUUCUCCAGCAGCCUGGAUGGAACAGGCAACCAAGACGGCCUGAGCAAGAGAGGUGAGAGUAACCAUUGCCUGGACUGAGAAGAGGAGACUGGGCCUCUAGCUGCCAACCAGGUGAUGGGGACACAGGAUGACAAUAAACACCCUCUGAACCCUGAAACUGAUCCUCUAUCCUGACCCUGCCUGACCAAGCCAUGUCCCAACAAGCCUCAGUGGGCAGGGGACUGCCCCCAGAUGUGCUGGCAGAGCAGGUGGAGCUAUGGUGGUCCCAGCAGCCCCGGCGCUCCUUGCUCUGUUUCUCCGUGGCCGUGGUCCUUGUGGCUGGCUGUGGGGCAGGUGGCGUGGCGCUGCUGUCCUCCACCAGCAGCCGAUCUGGUGAAUGGAGACUCGCAGUGGGCACUGUGCUCUGCCUGCUGGCCCUGCUGGUUCUGGUGAAGCAGCUGAUGAGCUCUGCAGUGCAGGAUAUGAACUGCAUACGCCAGGCCCAGCACGUGGCCUUGCUGCGCAGCGGUGGAGGGGCCGACGCUGUGGUAGUGUUGCUCAGUGGCUUUGUGCUGCUGGUCACUGGCCUGACCCUGGCUGGGCUGGCUGCUGGCCCAGCCCCAGCACGGCCACUGGCUGCCAUGCUGUCUGUGGGUAUUACCUUGGCUUCCUUGGGUUCAGUCUUGCUACUGGGUUUACUACUGUACCAGGUGGGUGUGAGUGGGCACUGCCCCCCGAUCUGUACAGGGGCAUUCUCCACCCGAAAUGGCCACGGUGAGAACAGCAGCGUCUUUAGCAUCUCAGGACAGUUGUCUUCUGGUCAGCGACAUGAGACCACCUCCAGCAUUGCCAGCCUCAUCUGACAGAGAUGGAGCCCUUCUUCCGAUGCCUCAGUAUCCCCAGAACUUGUAGCAGACAUGCACAGGUGCAUGCAUAUUGUGUCCCCUUGCCAUGACAUUGCAUGAUAUGUGAUUAGAAGCUCAUGUGCACCCACAUAUCCAUCCUAUGAGAAGGUGAGUGAUACCUCUUUGGGGCUGUUUAUGGACUGUUAUGCUGGUUGUGGGGUCUCUAGGCGGUACUCAUCUGGAGCCUUUGAAGACUUGACCCACAUUUGCGAGACCCUACAACUCCAGCCUUGCCCUGUGACAUCAUCAAGGAUCUCCACAGAGGCGACUGUUGCCAAGACUACAUCAGUGAUCACUCUUCAGAGAGUGACUCUUGGCAAAGCUGGGAGAAAUGGCUUCCGGACGAGAUGGACCUGUAUGGGGAAAUGCCUUUGAUUUUGUAACCUAGCAGCCGGGGCCAGUGAGAGGUGACUCAGCCGCUCCUGCCUCAGUUUCUUAGAACAGUGUUGCUAUUGAUUCUUAGGAUUAAAUGCCUCUUGGGCGAGAUGAUUGGGCUCCUGGCAAAUGUUCAAUUAAAGGGUGACUGUAGUGAAAAAGAAAUAAAUUAUGGGGAAAGGGUGGCUGUA